AUGUUCUCUUGCAACACCAGCACUUUGGGUCAUUCUACCUUCCUUCUCACUGGCUUUCCAGGCCUGGAAGCUUCUCAUCAUUGGGUUUCCAUCCCUAUCAACCUCAUCUGUGUGUUUUCCAUCGUGGGUAACAGUAUCAUCCUUUUCCUGAUACGUACAGACCCAGCCUUACAUGAACCCAUGUACAUCUUCCUAUCCAUGCUGGCAGCCUCUGACCUGGGCCUCUGUGCCUGCACCUUCCCAACUAUGGUGCGACUCUUCUGGCUGGGUGCUCGUGAGCUGCCCUUUGAUCUCUGUGCAGCACAGAUGUUCUUCAUCCAUGCCUUUACCUAUGUGGAGUCUGGUGUGCUGCUGGCCAUGGCCUUUGAUCGCUUUGUUGCCAUCCGGGACCCUCUGCACUAUGGCACAAUUCUUACCCACUCGGCCAUGGCCAAAGUGGGAGCUGCCAUCUUGGUGAGGGCUGUUCUGCUCAACCUCCCAGGACCCAUCCUUCUGCGGCGUCUGCUCUUUCCCCAGAUCAGUGUACUUUCUCACUGCUACUGCCUGCACUGUGAUCUUGUGGGACUUGCCUGCUCAGACACAAAGAUUAAUAGCUUGUUUGGCCUCGUCUCCAUCCUCCUCUCAUUGGGCCUUGACUCCUCCCUCAUUGUGCUCUCCUAUGCUCUGAUCCUGAGGACAGUGCUGGGCAUCGCAUCAGCUGGGGAGCGGCUCAAGGCCCUCAACACGUGUGUUUCACACCUGUGCAUUGUUCUCAUCUUUUAUUUGCCCAAACUGGGGCUAUCUGUGUUGCACCGAGUAGAGAAGCACAGCUACCCUGCUCUGGCAGUGCUCAUGGCCAACCUGCACUUUUUGGUCCCACCCUUCAUGAACCCCAUCGUUUAUUGCGUCAAGUCUAAACAGAUCCGUCAGGGCCUCCUGAAGCGUUUCCAGGAGAAAAGGGUUGAUGUUCCCUAG